AUGAAUCUCUCAAAGCAAUCCUCCCUCGGUCAAGGCCUGCCCUCGAACCUUCAAUCGUCAAGCGGUCAUGGCGGUGGUCACGCCCCUCGCGAGGCCAGUGGUGGGGCGUAUACGAUGUUUGACCCGCAGCAGGUCAAGCAGUUCAAAGAGGCAUUUGCUAUGAUUGAUCAGGAUGGGGAUGGGAGGGUCACGGAGGAGGACUUGCGGACGAUGUUGAGCAGUCUUGGCCAAACACCCACCCCUUCCCUUCUAUCCAAUCUCCUCACCGACCCUUCCGGCCACCGCGCUCAAUCAGUUAACUUUACACAAUUCCUCUCUAUGAUGGGCAGGCAUUUACUGGCGCUGGACGCAGAGCAUGAUCUGCUCGAGGCGUUCGCAUGCUUCGACGAGGGAGAUAAGGGAUGGGUCAAGGUGGACGAGGUGCGGAAGCUACUGGCGGAGAUGGGAGAUAGGAUGGAUGAGCGAGAGAUCGACCGACUCUUCGCGGGGCCAUUCACAGAUCGCCAAGGCCGCUUCAAUUACGUCGAGUGGGCCAAAGUGCUACGGGUGAACGAUGGCGAAGAGGAGCGGGACGAUAAGCUCAAGAUGUAG